GUAACAUUGUGUUAUUAUAUAUCAGUAACAUUGUGUUAUUAUAUACCAGUAACAUUGUUUUAUUAUAUACCAGUAACAUUGUGUUAUUAUGAACCAGUAACAUUGUGUUAUUAUAUACCAGAAACAUUGUGUUAUUAUAUACCAGUAACAUUGUGUUAUUAUGAACCAGUAACAUUGUGUUAUUAUAUACCAGUAACAUUGUUUUAUUAUAUACCAGUAACAUUGUGUUAUUAUGUACCAGUAACAUUGUGUUAUUAUAUAUCAGUAACAUUGUGUUAUUAUUUAUCAGUAACAUUGUGUUAUUAUAUACCAGAAACAUUGUGUUGUUAUAUACUAGUAACAUUGUGUUAUUACAUACCAGUAACAUUGUGUUAUUAUGUACCAGUAACAUUGUGUUAUUAUAUAUCAGUAACAUUGUGUUAUUAUAUACCAGUAACAUUGUGUUAUUAUAUAUCAGUAACAUUGUGUUAUUAUAUAUCAGUAACAUUGUGUAAUUAUAUACCAGUACCAUUGUGUUAUUAUGUACCAGUAACAUUGUGUUAUUAUAUACCAGUAACAUUGUGUUAUUAUAUAUCAGUAACAUUGUGUUAUUAUAUACCAGUAGCAUUGUGUUAUUAUAUACCAGAAACAUUGUGUUAUUAUGUACCAGAAACAUUGUGUUAUUAUGUACCAGUAACAUUGUGUUAUUAUAUAUCAGUAACAUUGUGUUAUUAUGUACCAGAAACAUUGUGUUAUUAUGUACCAGUAACAUUGUGUUAUUAUAUACCAGUAACAUUG